UCCAACUCUCACGAGAAGUGCGGAGGUGACAGACGUGAUGUGCGAGUAGCUCGGCUAAGCUAGCAGUGCGUAUGUUGCUUCAUUCAAAGCGAGGUCGCACUAUGUUGAGGUAUUCCGUAAGGUCGGGGUUCUGGAAAGAAAAGGUCCUCUGCGGUGUUUUCAGCUCGGCUCAGUCAGUCAACACUGUCAAAGUCAGAACAAAUGGUAACUGUAGCGGUGUUUCAGCGAAGAAAUGGAUGAGACCCGGCGGGUUUGACACGGGUUUAAAGACUUUCAACAGUCUGACCAAACAAAAAGAGCCUCUUAUUCUGGCAAGAGAGGGAGUAGCUACCUGGUAUAGCUGUGGACCCACUGUAUACGACCAUGCCCACCUGGGUCAUGCAUGCUCGUAUGUCAGGUUUGAUAUCCUGCAGAGGAUUUUGUCCAGGUUGUUUGGAAUCACUGUCAUCCAUGCUAUGGUCAUCACUGACAUUGAUGACAAAAUUAUCAAAAGAAGUUGGGAGGACAAUGUUUCGCCAAGUGUCAUAGCCACAGUGUAUGAGGAUGGAUUCAAGAGGGAUAUGCUAUCAUUAAAGGUGAUUCCUCCGGCAGUGUAUUUAAGAGUCACUGAGAAUGUGCAUCACAUUGUCACGUUUAUUGAAGGGAUCAUCACAAAUGGACACGCUUACGCCACAAAAGAAGGUGACGUGUAUUUUGACAUCCAGUCCAUUGGUGAUCGUUACGGCAAGUUUGUUGGAGCUAUGGAUUCUCAGGGGGAACCUGGCAGCACAAAUAAACGAGACUCGAGGGAUUUUGCUCUGUGGAAGCGGUCCAAGCCUCAGGAACCGUACUGGGAAUCUCCGUGGGGCAGAGGAAGACCCGGCUGGCAUAUUGAAUGCUCCACCAUCGCAAGCGCAGUGUUUGGGAGUCAGCUGGAUGUCCACUCUGGAGGGAUCGACCUGGCCUUUCCUCACCACGAGAAUGAGGUCGCUCAGAGUGAAGCCUAUCAUCAGUGUGGACAGUGGGCGAACUACUUCCUCCACUCGGGGCACUUACACCUAAAAGGCAGUGCAGAGAAAAUGUCUAAAUCUUUAAAGAACUACGUCACCAUCAAGGAUUUCCUGCAGUCUUACUCUGCCAAUGAAUUCCGGAUGUUUUGUCUUUUGACUAAAUACAGAUCAGCUAUAGACUACAGUGACAGCAGCAUGUUGGAGGCUCGGACCUCCCUUGGAACCAUCUCCACCUUUGUCCAGGAUGCUCGGGCCUACAUGAAGGGUCAGCUGCCGUGCUCACCCGUACAGGAAGCUCCUCUCUGGGAGAGGUUGGCUAACACGAAGUCCAGCGUGGUGAAAGCUCUGGCAGAUGACUUUGAUACCCCGAGAGCCAUCAGCGCUGUGAUGAGUCUGGUUUACCAUGGAAACUGCCAACUCCAGCCUGUUUCUAAGUGUGAGGGCGGGGCUCGCAGCCCUGCAGUGUUCGGCGCCAUGGUCAGCUACAUCAGAGAGGUGCUGGAUAUUUUUGGGAUCGAUCUGCUGUACAGUAAGGAUGUUGAUGGGGUCACUACUUGUGGAAGUCUGGAGGGGGUCGUGGAGCAGCUGACUCACUUCAGAAGUGAAGUUCGAGCGUUCGCACUUGCUCAUCGUGAUGAACCAGCAACUGGACUUUAUCCAGAGAGGAUCCCGCUCCUCAAAGCCUGUGACAUUCUCAGGAAUGACCUGGCACCCUUGGGAGUGCUUAUAAAGGAUCGAGGAGCCGGCUCCACAUGGGAGCUGACUGAGAGAAAACAGAGAGUCCAGGAUCCAGACCAGGAGACAUCCAGCUGAAAUACAUCUGUGUCUGACACGGACGCAGUUUCACUUCAUCAACUGAAAGACUUUAAGAAAAGGAGACCAAACCUUCAUGCCAGAAACUAACUUACGGUUAAAUGCCUGAUGUGCCAUCAGAGAAUCAACUUUCAUACUCAAUGCUUCAGAAGGUAGAAUAUAUAUCUGUAAUAAAUGUAAUGUUUAUUAGUUGUGUUUUAAUGGUGCAGAUG